AUGUUUUUCUUUGACUUUUCACUCAUUUGGUUUUUUACUGCUUCUUUCCAUUUUCCGCCUUCCUUUGACUUCAUUCGUCAGAUAUUCUUUCACAUUUCGCUCAUUUCGUUUUUUACUGCUACUUUCCAUUUUCUGCCUUCCUUUGACUUCAUUCAUCGUGCAUUCUUUCACAUUUCACUCACUUGGUUUUUACUGCUUCUUUCCAUUUUCUGCCUUCCGCUUGGAGUUCAUUCAUCAUGUAUUCUUUCACAUUUCACUCAUUUGGUUUUUACUGCUACUUUCCAUUUUCCGCCUUCCGCUUGGAGUUCAUUCAUCAUGUAUUCUUUCACAUUUCACUCAUUUGGUUUUUAUUGCUUCUUUCCAUUUUCCGCCUUCCGCUUUGACUUUCUUCAUCGUCUAUUUUUUCACAUUUCACUCAUUUCGUUUUUACUGCUACUUUCCAUUUUCCACCUUCCGUUUUGA